CUUCUUCUUAAUGUCCUUCCUGUGCCACGUCGACCAGAAUGGUAAUUCAUCUCGAGGCAGCUUUCUUUCUUUGUAACUCUCUCUUAGUCCAACACCCUCCGUUUCCGGCCAUCUCGACCGAUUGGUUGUCCUGGAAAUUAUCGUCCUGAAACCACCGGUGUAAAGAUCACGAACAGAUCUGUCUUUACCUUGAUCCAUCCUUAUCCUCUAUCAUUUCGCGAAAUGUGCUCGUUUUUGCCGUGUUCAGGAGUCGACACUCACGAGAACCACGUGACGACGGCCAAUUCAACCAACUCUGAGCGAUCCUCAAAAAUGGUCGAAGCCACCGAUAUUGAUUGGGAGACCAUUAAUGAGAAGCUACCAUUCGAGCGAACUGAUGAAGCAAAAGAGAAGCGGAGGACUCUCUUCAAGGAGUUUGAUCCCAACGAUAAUGGAUAUCUUUCCCUCGCCGAGGUGGAUCGCGGCGUUCGCGACGUCUUGGGAAUUGAGGAGGUCUUCAAUUGCAAGCCGGCCGUCAAUCGAGCCUUUCAUUUCGCCAAAAAGGCCUCUCAAGGCGAUGAUAAGUAUGGACCCGACUAUUUGGAGUUUCGCGAGUUCCGCCUCUUUCUCCAGACUUUGAGACAGAACUUUGAGUACUUCCAAGCCUUUGCCAGAAUCGACACUGGCGAUGACAACCGCGUGUCCAAGGAAGAGUUCUGCGACGACAAGAUCAAGGACACUAUAAAGAAAUGGGUGGGCGAUGUGGACGACAUGGAGGCCGAGUUCGAUGCCAUCGACAAAAACGGAGGCGGACAGAUCUUGUUCUCGGAGUUCGUGGAUUGGGCCUUGGAGAAGAAUCUUGAUCUAGAGGAUGACAUCGACCCUUGAAUGUUUUCUUGCGAGUCCCACCCGGAUCACGAUGGUCAGUCCAACACCUGCCAAUCCCGCAUCUUUGCAAGCAUACAUAUUACUCUUAAUACUUCUACUACUGAGUGUCACUUUUACUCGUCAACUUCAGCUUUAAAUUGUAAGUGUAUUGGCAAGGUACUGCAUAUGUGAUGAAAUACAAGGAACAGCACCCCAGUU